AGCUGGCAUGGCUGCCUGACUGACAGACAACAACAGUACAAACUGAGUACUGACCAAGUCAAAGUUUAGCUGUAGAGUUCCAGUGAGCUGAACUGGUAAAGAAAGAUAAGCAGGGAAGAAGUUUGAUUCACUCAUUCAAGAUCUAUUUCCGGGGAGGACAAGAGUUUGGUUUUGGGCCUCAUCAUGAAAAGCCUGGAUCUGUUCCUGCUGGCAUGUUGCUUAUACAGCCUGAGCACAUUGGGAGGUGCAACUGAAUCAGAGAAUACUCUGAUGAAGAGCCUCUUUUCCAAAUACAACCUUAAGGUCCGACCAGCUCGUACCCCUGAAGAGAGGGUGGUGGUUCGCGUGGGCAUGAUCCUCACAUCCUUCGUCGGACUGAAUAUGAAAAAUGAAGAAAUGAGCACCACUGUUGUCAUGAAUCUGGAAUGGACAGAUUAUCGGUUGUCAUGGAAACCGAAGGAGCACAAUGGGAUUCAGGUGCUACGCAUCCCCUCUGGGAAGGUUUGGCUUCCUGACAUCGUCCUCAUCAAUAAUAAUGAUGGACAGUUUGAUGUGGCCCUACACGUCCAUGUUCAGGUUUACAGUAAUGGCAGGGUAACCUGGACUCCCCCUGCUCUGUACUGCAGUUCCUGUGGAGUCAAGGUAACAUAUUUCCCAUUCGACUGGCAGAACUGCACCAUGCAGUUUCGCUCUUACACAUAUGACUCAACAGAAAUCGACCUGCAGUAUGCCCUGAAUUCAAAAGGCAAGGAGAUUCGGGAGAUCCAGCUGGACGAGUCUUUCAGUGAGAGUGGUGAGUGGUACGUAAGACACAAGCCAAGCAGGAAGAACACAUUUGAUGACGAAUAUGAGGAAAUGACUUUUUACCUGAUCAUCGAGAGGAAGCCUCUGUACUACAUCAUCAACAUCAUCAUCCCUUGCAUCCUGAUUACUAUCAUCGCCAUCUUCAACUUCUAUCUGCCUCCCGAUGCAGGUGAGAAGAUGGGUUUGUCAAUCAAUGUGCUGCUCACCCUCACCGUGUUCCUGCUGCUGCUGGCUGAUAAGAUCCCCGAGACCUCGCUGGGUGUUCCCAUCAUCGUCAACUACAUCAUGUUUACCAUGGUCCUGGUCACAUUCUCUGUCAUCCUCAGCGUGGUUGUCCUCAACCUCCACCAUCGCUCUCCCAACACCCACAUGAUGCCAAUGUGGGUCCGCAAGAUCUUCAUCCACAUGCUCCCUCCUUACCUGGGCAUGCUGCGGCCAAAGGUGGAGACCCCCCUGUCUCUGGAGACCGUACCCCGCCGGGAAAAAAAAGUCACUGCAAUUAGCAUAGCUUCUGACGAAUACUUCAUCCGGAAACCUGACUCUUCCAUUUUAUUUCCCAAACCCAACAGGUACCAGCCGGAUGGCAUAUGCACAGACCUGAGGAAGUUCAUUGAUGGCCCCAGUAGCUACCUUGCACUACCUGAUGAGCUCAAGUCAGCCAUAGAGGCCAUCACAUACAUAGCCGAGGCUCUGCAGGCUGAAAAAGACUAUGAAGCGCUGAAAGAAGAUUGGCAAUAUGUGGCAAUGGUGGUGGACCGGAUGUUCCUGUGGAUUUUCGUCGUUUUCACCACUGUGGGCACGCUGGCCAUCUUCGCCGAUGCUAGCUUCAACCAUACCCCUACGGACCCCUUCAAGCCCUUCUGAAGCACAGGGGUGUCUGAUUUUCAUGAACCAUGUUGCUGGAAGUUACGAAUCCCUUGAUGUACAUGUAGAGGAAGACAAUUGUAACUGUUAAAAUAAGUACAGUUUCCAAUGCAUUGCCUCAUCACAAAACACACAAUGCCUUUUUAAAUUAUAGCUGUACUAGUACUUAAAGGGCCAGUAACUGACAAACCAUAUGGAUUUUAUGGUGUUCUUUUUAGAUUUGUAGAAUUUUAAACUUUUACUGUGUUUGUUAGAUUUGGGAGAAAAGCUUUCAAAACCCCAAAUUCAUAUAAUGUACUUUGCAAGCCUACGAUUAGGGUUAUAAGUUAGGACUAAAUAAGGUCUAUGGUCUAGAUAACCCCAACCCUAGCUCCAUUCAUAGGCAAUUACAAUAUGCAAUUUUUGUGUUUAUAUAAUUGCUUUCCAAGUUUUCUCAUUAUAGAAACAAAGACAAUAAUCGGACACACAGAAAUCAAAAACAGCUGAAAAAAAAAACCCCAAACAGUUUUGGCUUCAACCAAAAUAAAUGGUUAGGUUUCCACUGUAAGGACUUGGAUACCAGAAUGUUAACAGGGUUACACUCUGUUGCAGACAUGGACACACCCAUCAUCCUAUGGUGAAAUUUAGUUAA